UUGAGUUAUUGGCACGUGGUGCCCGUGGGGAAGCGCCGGACCGACCGUAACAAGUGGACGGAGCAGCACCGGCCAGCCCAGCGCAUCGCCGUGGAGCUGGACCACCGUGCACCAUCGCCCUCGUCCGUCCAUCCUCGGCAAGCAUCAUAUAUCCACUCCAACUCCAAGCAAAAUAAAAUAUCAAAACCAAUUCAACUCCCUCAGAUCGUAGUCUUGCAGUCCACCCACGGCGGCGAUGGCGGAGCUCGAGAGCCGGCGGGUGAUCCUCAAGGACUACGUCGAGGGCUACCCCACGGAGGCGCACAUGGAGCUGCUCCCCGCCGCGCCCGUCGACGAGGCUGCGGCCGGGGAGGAGGGGUCGGUGCUGGUCAAGAAUCUGUACCUCUCCUGCGACCCCUACAUGCGCCCCAAGAUGUCCCGCCCGCUGCACCAGUCCUACACCGCCGCCUUCGUCCCGGGCGCCGCCAUCACCGGCUACGGUGUGUCUGAGGUCGUCCGCUCCUCGCGGCCCGGGCUCGCCGCCGGCGACCUCGUCUGGGGCAUGACCGGCUGGGAGGACUACAGCGUCAUCAAGCCGCCCUUCACGGCCAUGCUCACCAAGAUCCAGCCCGACGACGGCGUGCCGCUGUCCUACUACACCGGCAUCCUCGGCAUGCCGGGGCUCACGGCCUACGUGGGAUUCCACCACAUCUGCUCCCCCAAGGCCGGCGAGACGGUGUUCGUCUCCGCGGCCUCCGGCGCCGUCGGCCAGCUCGUCGGCCAGUUCGCCAGGCUCCUCGGCUGCCACGUCGUCGGCAGCGCGGGCUCCAAGGAGAAGGUGGACCUACUCGUCAACAAGUUCGGCUUCCACGACGCCUUCAACUACAAGGAGGAGGACGCCGACCUCGCCGGCGCGCUCAAGAAGCGCUUCCCCGACGGCAUCGACGUCUACUUCGAGAACGUCGGCGGCAAGAUGCUCGAGGCCGUGCUGCUCAACAUGAAGGUGCACGGACGCAUCGCCGUCUGCGGCCUCAUCUCCCAGUACAACCUCACCGCCGGCGAGAAGGAGGCCGACGUCGGCGUGCGCAACCUCACCUCCCUCGUCUCCAAGCGCAUCAAGAUGCAGGGCUUCAUCGAGCCCGACCACAAGCACCUCUACCCGGAGUACAUGGCGUGGGUGCUCCCGCACAUCAAGGAGGGCAGGGUCGUCUACGUGGAGGACGUCGCCGACGGGCUCGACGCCGCGCCCGCAGCGCUCAUCGGCCUCUACCACGGCCGCAACGUCGGCAAGCAGGUCGUCAGGCUCACCAACCCCGACCCCAAGUGACUCACAAAUUGUACUGUAGUAGCAGAUCGAUUAUCAACCACGCGUCAAUCAUCAUCAAGAAUAAAAUCAAAAUCUAUUCGCAUCGCAAUCGCAUUUGGUGGUUGAAUGGCGACGUAAAAGUCAAGUUAAACAAAAUAUCCUUUGCUC